GAAGAAGAUAGGCAUUCUUCGUUGGAACUGAAUGUUCACGGGCCGACGGUAAGGGGAUGGCAAAGUUCAAGAAAAUGUACAUAUCCCCAAGAACUUAUUCUACGCCUUCACGGCCCGACGAAGCUCACGAGAAUACAAGUCUUAGCUCAUCAAUAUUUAAUUCCCGAGAAACUCGAAAUUUGGACAUCGAGGGAGGAGAAUGCAUCCGUGACGACCGAGUUCAGUUACUUGGGUUACAUUACGCUGUCGGACAAUGCCUCGACCAUGUACAAAAGUAGGGAGCUGAAAAGCGUCGCUCUUCCAGAAACAGAGGCGGUCUCGCUGAAACUAAGACUUCACAAACCGCACAGCAACGCGCACAAUGUUUAUCAACAGUUAGUAGACGUAGUCCCAAUGUACGUUACAGCAUUACAGCAUUACAGCUGUCAUUUGGAAUUGCAGGUCGGUCUUAUCGCUAUUAACAUUCUUGGUGAACCUUACGGGCAAGAGCUGACCGGCCAAGGAGACGCACCAUACAAUCCUCAUUACACGUCCCCAUAUGAUGAUUUAGCAUUUGAAAUGUAUGUCGAUCGUGAAGUAGCCAAAAUCAUAAGACAGAUGGAAGCGAAAAAGUUACAAGCUGUAGAAGAUAUAAGUAAACAUUUUAUGAAGAUACGAACUGUAUAUGAACUGUGCUUUUUAGAGGAGAGAUUCGAGUAUGCUUCGAAGCUUAAAGUAGCGAUGGAGAACUUGAGGAAAGCCGGUGAACGUCUUGGAAAGUAUGAAUUAGAAAAGAAAUAUGCCAUAGCGUUAGAAGAUUAUGACAAGGCCAAAGCGAAAAAGGCACAAGCGCAACAAUACAGACAACAAGUCUACCAGAGUCUAGAGGUGCAAGAUCUACUAGAACUUCACGGGCCACUGGAAAAGAAUAACAAAUCGUCGGUGGAAGGGAAAGAACCUAUAUCGAUAGACACCUGUACUUCGAAUACGACUACUGUUCCUGAAGAUAUUACAUCUCCACCGAGAUUAGUGAUUCCACCUAACCGCGAUGGAGCUAUAUCGCCGACUGGUCCAGCACAUCAACCACCUGUCUCGCCUCUGCAUCAGAAACCAAACAGUCCUGAAGUUACAGACAGUCCUACGAACGGUGUUGUGGAGAGACAAAACAAUUGCAACAAAGGUUCCCUCAGAAGAAAAACCAAAUCGGCAGGACCGGCGCUUCGUUCCAGCUACGAAGCUUACGAAGAGAGGACGAUUCCUGCUUUAAGACAUUCGCACACGAACGAGUUUACUAGAGAGUGCCACAUGGACAAUACAGAAACGAAAGUGGUGUCAAAGUUGAAUGACAGGGAAAAGAAGCAAGCUGCCUUACCUAUCGCUGUUUUUGGAAUGGAAAUGGUUGAAAAAUUUUACUCGAAACAAUUCACGGAUAAAGAAGAAGGUCUGAUGCAAUUGAAGGAGGAACUGAAGACUUUCGAUCCGGAAGUUUCCAAACAUUCCGCGAAUAAAACAGCAAGAGCUGCGAUUUUACUACUGCACAGAGCUCUCAGAGAUAAAGUUUUUAGCGUGUAUAGUCUAGCAGCACAAUUAAUUCGAAUUUUCUUCUCUGAAUUUGCAAUUGAUAGAUUACAAGUUUUCUAUUACCAUUCUAGAGUAUCUUCUACGGAAAUUGCACGAAGCGUGGAGAGACUACUCCCCGAGUUAUUGACAAAGUCAGGCGACACUACUCCAAGGAUUCAUAAUAUGGCAGUGCAUACGAUACUCAGUAUGGCAGAUUGUAAAUGCGUCAGAGAGUUACAUAUUAUACCUGUACACUUGACAAGACCCGUUAGUAGUAGCACACAUCAAAGAUUAGCCCUUAGCAGACUAGAAAUGGUGGAGCAGUUAAUUCUAAACCACGGAAUAUCCACUGACAAACAAAGUGGACUCACUUGUCGGACCUUGUCAGAAUUGGGUUCUUCGGGAUUGCACCAUCCAGCGGAAGCGGUCAGGAAGGUUUCUGAAAGGAUUCUGGUGUUGGUGUACAAGGUGAAUCCCAGAUUGGUCCGUAAGCAAUUGCCUCCUGACGAUGAUAUCACCAGGAGGAACCUACUGUAUCGUCAACUUUUUCACGAAUUCGAUCUCAUUGAUCUUCAGAGAAAAAAAGAAACGGAAGCGAGUCACAAAACAACGACACCCACACGGACGAAAUCCACGGAAAAUAACGUGGCGAAUUUAACGAAAUCUCCUUCGAGAACGAGUCCUGUUGUGAGUACCGGAAGCUCAACAAGUAUAACAUCUCCGUCCGAGAAUAGUACAGAACAUAAGGGUGACAAGAUAUGCAUAUUUUGCCUUUCCAAAGGACAAGGAUAUUCCGAAGAGGGAUUAAACAUUCAUUAUUGGAGAAGUUGCCCUAUGUUAACGAAAUGCGAGGCAUGUAAGCAAGUGGUGGAAAUUUCGUAUUUGAACUUACAUUUGUUAAAUGAAUGUGAUAUGAGAAGCAAUUACGUAAAAUGCGAUAUAUGCAAGCAAGCCAUUCAUGAAAAUUCUUUUGAAGAACACAGGAAAGAUAGCAAGUGUACAAAACCUAUCGAAGGCUAUGAUCGUUGUCCAUUAUGUUCCGUUCUCGUCAAUCAAAAUAAGUGGAGAGAACAUCUGAUGGGUGAUCACCCCUGUACGAAUAAUCCUCGAAAUAAAUCAGGAAAAAGCUGUAAGUUUAAUAUUGUUUAAAUAUAAUGCGUUAAUGAAUGCGAAAUGAAUGCGUUUCGUUUGUAGGUUCAAAAUCUCCAUCAAAUUCUCAGAAUCUCAGCGGAAAAAUAACCACUCCAACUAAUAGAGAUUAC